AAACUAAACCGCUGCCUUUGCUGAGCAUGCAAAAUGAUUAACGAGCUUUAUAAAAAACUGACUAAUCAUAUAAAAGUGCAAUGCGGUCAUUUGCAUGUAUUGUGUUCAUAUAAGUUGCCGUUUUUAUAUGGCAAAAUCAUCCUGUAGUGUAUGCGACAGUGUUGUCAAAUGGGCGUUUGGUGUUGCAAAGGACUGCAGCCGAUACUCGUCAUUUGUUUUGUGGCAUUUUUGGGAUAUAUACGGCGAAAAAAGGCCAAAAUGUCUUAAAUAUACAAUGCCAAUUAAAAUGUGUAAUAAUAAUAAUAUCAGGAGAAAAUUAAAUAUAAUUUAAGCCACCAUUAAUUGCCACAUGCGAUAUUCGGCGGAGAGUGUAUGCGCCCUUAACCAACACUGGCGACUGUCUGCUGUUUUCAGCACGUAAAAAGAAAAAUGUAAACAUAAUGCCCACAAAGUAUCUAAACCAUUAAUGUAAAAACGAUAAUCGAUUUCUUAAUAUUAACCACCCAAAAUUGUUAUAUUAUAAUCACCCUAGAAAUUAGACGAGCGAUCAAGACAAGGACCUAAAACAGCGACACAUGCAUGAGUGACCACCCGGAGGAUUACCCAAAAACCAGCCAGUAAACGAUGGCCGCCGAGAAGGAGAUGCAGGCCCACGACAUGGUCCGCCGGCGCAGUUGGGCCCGUGCCGUGGCGCUCUACGACCAGCUGAUUGCCCCCAAUCCCGGCGCCUUGGGUUCGAGGGCCCAAAAGGACCAGCAGAUCGCCUGCCUCCUGGGCCGCUGCGAGUGCCUCCUCGAGUUGGGCAAGUUCGAGGGCUGCCUGGCGGAUGCCUACAAGGUGCUCACGCUACUAUCCGAGCAGACCGAGUGCCUGGCCAGCGUGUCAAGAGCACGAAGAUGGCUCGUCCACGCCCUGUUCAAAAUGCACAAGUACGGGGAUGCUGAGAUCUUCCUGAGCAAGUGGAUCAAUGAGCUGAGCGGCCAGCAGAUAUACUCGGACAUAUCCAAGACCCUCGAACGUUACAAGUCCAUCAUUCAGAUGAUCAUGAACGGGCAGCACAAGGCGCAGGCCUUGAAGAUACCGCACGCCCGUCUCGAGGACGAGAUGGCCAUACUGGACACCAAGCUGGAUCACUGGGCAACCAACAACCUGCCGCUGGACAAGUACAGCAAGCUGCUCAGCAACAAGGGUUUAAAGAAGCGGGAGCAACAGCAACAGCAGCAGCAACAACACCAGCAGCAGCAACAGCAGCAGCAAAAUGGCAAUGGAAUCGGUAGCUACGCAAGUAGCAGCAGUAGCUCCUCCACGGGCAGCAGCAGCACCAUGUCCAGCUCCAGCACAAGUCUCCACAAGACCAACGACCUGCUGGCGGCCAUGAAGCUUACGGCCGGCAAACACCAAACGGGAUCCGGUGACGGAUCGGGCUCCGAUCAGGGCGAUCAGGCGGCCCCAUCGACCACCUGUAGCUACUGCACCAUCACCUUCCAGACGAGGAUCGAGCUGCGACAGCACUGCCAGACCGAGGCCCACCAGAAGGUGAUCAUGAGCGAUGAGGGCCGCGACUGGAAGUGGCGUCCACCGCCCCGUGGCUACACGCUGGACACCUAUUCCCUGUGCGAGACGUUCAGCGAGGCGCACACCUGCCACUACGGCGCCCAAUGCGUGGAGGCUCAUGGCCAGGAUGAGUUGAACGAGUGGAAGGAGCGUUUCGAGUAUCGACGGAUGCGGAUGCAGAAGGCCUGCGAGAAGGAGCUCUAUGGCAAGUCGUACACGGAGCAAGUGCUGGAGCGAUGGAUCCAGGCCACGGCACCGGAGCGAGUGAUGUGCGAACGGGUGCCGGAUAUGGAGGCGCGUUGUGAGCAGCAGCUGGUCACCAGCAUCAGUUCGAAGACAUCCAAGCGGGAGUGGCUCUUCCAACUGGAGACGCAGAAGCCUCUAAAGGCGGUGGCCCUCCUCCAGGAUGCCCAUCGCAAUCACUUUGCCCUCAAGUCCAUCAAAAUGUGCAAGCCAACGGAGUCCAGCAUGGAGCUCAAAUCCGAUCAAGAGUGGGUGGCAGUCGGCUCCGCUCAAUCGGAAUCUUCCGGCGACGACUCGUCCAGCAUUGUGACCCAUGAAAUCACCAUAGAGUUUCACACAGAGAUCUAUGGAACCUUUCGCCAGGCCAUCUGCUUCGAUGUGGGCCAGGAACCAUUGCUCGUUCGGCAUUUGUGCGUGGAUGUGUUGCCCGUAAACGAUGCGGAGAAAAUCGAGGAGAUCAAGCGGGACAUCAUCAACAGCUCGGCCACCCGAUGGGAUGUGGCCAAUACGCAACUCACACGUUUCGAGACCACAAUUGGAACACAUCUGAAGACCGAGGCGUAUCUCAGCGAUCUGGAGCAUGAGCGGGAACUGCUGGAGAGGUAUCCCUGUCCCAGGGCAGCUACCUUCACACUGACCCAAUCGACCAUUGUGGAGAAGCGGUUGACGCAGAACAACUACCGCUCCCGCAUCCACGAGUUGUUGUCCGUGGAGGAGAUUGCCCGCUAUGAGCAGAUAGCCAGGUAUAAUGUGAGGACCCGUCUAACCGUCGCCUCCAAUUACAUCCUCACGCCGGCGGGAAUGGCGACCAGCACAGCGAAGUAUUCGCUGGCCGGCGAAUUGUUUGCUCUCAUGCGUUUGGGCAAGGACAUCUCCGAGGAUACGUCGCCUGGCCGAUUGAUUCUGUCCAACUGCAGCAGCGUGUACAUCUCAAAGCCGGAGGAACCGGAUGCCAAAACGGAUCCAAACCAGCGUGCAGUUUACGAGGCUCUGAUCGAGGAUAAAGGAAAGAAUGUGAUUUACUUGAAACUAUCCGCCAAGUGUGUGGAGGCGAUGGCUCUGCAGGCGGACACCGAACUGGAUGUGGACAUACAAUUCCAACUGAACCGUAUGCCCUACUGCGAGUGGCACAAUGCAGUGGACAAGAUCACCGAUUUCCGGCUAAUCUUUCCGGCCACCGAACUGGAACCGAGCAUACCGUGGACCCCGAAGAAGCAGUGGGCCGAUGCCUGCGAACCGAAGUUGAAUGCCAAGCAACGGGAAGCGGUGAAUGCCAUCACCACGGCGCUGAGCAUCAAGUUGCCGCCAAUCCUGCUUAUCGGACCCUUUGGAACGGGCAAAACAUACACACUGGCCCAGGCCAUCAAGCAGCUUCUGGCCCAACCGGAGGCCAAGAUCCUGAUCUGCACGCACUCCAAUUCGGCAGCUGAUUUGUACAUCAAGGAGUACCUGCAUCCGUGGAUCGAGGAGGGUUUGGAGGAGGCCACGCCGCUGAGGGUUUACUACCACAAGAGAUGGUCGGCCACCGUUAAUAGUGUGGUGCAGAAGUACUGCAUCACCGAUGGCGUGGGCAACUUCAAGCGACCCACGGUGGAGGACAUAAUGCGGCACCGGAUUGUCGUGGUUACGCUGAGCAUUAGCAUGGAGUUGGCCACGCUGGGACUGCCCAAGGGUCUCUUCACACACAUCUUCCUGGACGAAGCUGCCCAGGCCAUGGAAUGCGAGGCCAUUAUGCCGCUGGCCUUGGCCAAUGACUCGACGCGAAUCGUUCUGGCCGGAGAUCACAUGCAGAUGAGUCCCGAACUCUUCUCCGCCUUUGCCAAGGAACGCAAGCUGCACAUUUCGCUGUUGGAGCGACUGUAUGAUCACUAUCCCUCCAAUUUCCCGUGCAAGAUACUGCUGUGCGAGAACUAUCGGGCGCACGAGGCCAUCAUCCGUUUCACCUCGGAGCUCUUCUACGAACAGAAGCUGGUGGCCUCCGGCAAGCAGCCAAGGCACGAACGCUUCUAUCCUUUGACCUUCUUUACGACUCGAGGCGAGGAUGUUCAGGAUAAGAACUCAACGGCUUUCUAUAACAACGCCGAGGUGUACGAGGUGGUGGAAAGGGUGUCCGAGCUGCGAAAGCGUUGGCCCAGUGCUUGGGGCAAGCUCAAUGACACCAGCAUCGGCAUUAUGACUCCCUACGCCGAUCAGGUGUUCCGCAUUCGUUCGGAGCUGCGUAAGCGACGCAUGGGUGGCAUAUCCGUGGAACGUGUGCUCAAUGUCCAGGGUAAACAGUUCCGAGCCGUCUUCCUGUCCACCGUACGCACCCGACGCACCUGCAUGCCACAGGGAAGUGCGUCCGGAGCAGCGUCCACGGCCAGCAUUGGCGAUGCCGACACGGACUACGGUUUCCUCAGCAACUCCAAGCUCUUGAACACGGCCAUCACUCGUGCCCAAUCGCUGGUCGCGGUGGUCGGUGAUCCCGUGGCUCUGUGCUCCAUUGGACGCUGCCGCAAAGUGUGGGAACGCUUCAUCGAGAUCUGUGACGAGCACAAGUCACUGUUCGGUCUGACCUGGUCGAAUCUGCGUUCCCAACUGGAUGGCGUGGAGCUGAAACGUGGCUAUGUCCUCAAUCCUCUGGCGCCGGAGUUUGUCCCACGUGCCCUGCAACCGGAGGCAUAUCUGCGCGAGCAGGCCGCCCUCUAUCUGAACGGACCGCAGCAUGGACACGGUGGUGGUGGUGGCCAUGGGCCACCAGGUCCGCCGGCUCAUUUCGCAACGGCAGCUGGGAUGCUGGGUCCCGGACCGGCGGCCACCGCCCAUCAGAUGAAUCAAAUGGCCGCGGCCAUGGCCAAUCAGCAGCUCUCCCACAUGUACUCCACACACAUGGCAGCCAUGAUGGCCGCCGUCGUUGGAGGAAAGUCCGGGAAUGGACCUGGCCCGGGAGCCGGAGGAGGUCCAGGUCCUGGUCCAGGUCCACCACCACAUUACGGCGGUGGCGGAGGAGGAGGCGGCGUCGUCGGUGGAGGAGGAGGAGGACACAUGGGAAUGCGUGGACCACCGCCGCAGGCACCACACUUACGUGGCAUGCCACCCGGUGGACCGCCACCCACUCAGCCGCCAGGAGGCGGAGGAGGAGUAGGAGGAGGAGGAGUAGGAGUAGGAGUAGGGGGCGGACCACCACCACCAUAUGGACAAUACCCGGCCAUGCAGCACUGGCGGCCACCGCAGCAGGGACCAAAUGGGCCGGGACCAGGACAGCAGCAGCAGCAGCAGCAGCCACCGCAGAAUCCCAAUGCCAGCCUGUGGGGUCCACCGCCGCAGACGAAUCCGUGGAGUGUGCUGCCGCCCAGCAGCAAGCAGCCACAGCAGCCCCAGCCGCCGCCAGUGAGUGCACCGGGACGUGGACCGGGACCAGGACCAGGACCAGGUCCUUUGCCACCGCCACUUAAUGCCAAUCCAUCGCUGCCCUUGCGCGGAGGCAGUGUACCACCGCCGCCGCCAAACGCUUCGGCGGCCGCCCAGCUGCUGAGGAAUCCGAGUGAACUGGGCUAUCUGGCCAAGAAGACGCUGUACAAUCAUGGCCAGGCGCCGCCACAUCAUCAGCUGUAUGGACCCGGGCCAGGACCCGGUGGUCCGCCUCCGUCGCAACAACAACAACAGCAGCAGGCGCCGCCGAUGGGCAUGCAGCGGGGUAGCAGUGUGCCCAACGGACCCAUGUCGCCCAUGGAGAACGGACCGCCGCCACCGCCGCCCUAUUUGCGGCACAACGGAAGCGGCUACAAUCCAGGAGCACCGCCACCGCCGCCACAGCAGCAACAGCAACAGCAGCCGCAGCCACCACCACCCAAUCCGUUUAUGUAUGCCGGCAAGCAGCCGUCGCCGAGCUCCAUGAGAUUCGGUCCGCUGACGCACGAGCUACUGCCCCCCAAUGUGAGCAUCUACGAAAUGGCUUUAAAUCCCAAGGAGGAGCAGUACAAGUGGUAUCUCAAACUGCUCGAAACUGUGGGUCAGGAGGGUGCCAAUAAGUUUGCGGACAUGUUGCGCCAGGUGAUGGCCACACUGCAGCAACAGCAGCAGCAGCAUAAGCCACCGCAGCAACAGAUGGUCAACAAUCCGAUGCUGAACAAUCCACAUGUGCAGCGGCCACAAUAUCCCAUGCUGUAUCCACAGGGCCAACAGCAGCAGCAACAGCAGCAGCAGCCACCUCAGCAAUCCGUGGACGCUUCACCGCCGCUGGAGAAUUUCAACCAGCAGAUCGAUCUGGUCUUCAACUCCAUCAUGAACGGGGCCAAUGACAUUGCCCAGCCCAUACUGCGGGAUGUUCUUGGCAUGGUGGCUGGCACGGGCAAUGCCCCCGGUCCUCCGCUCAGCAAUGGUUUAAAUGGAGCCGAUCUCCAGCAGCAACAGCAGCAAAGUCGCCUGUUCGCCAUGAUGCAACAGCAGCAGCAACAACAGCAGCAACAGCAGCAGCAACAAGCGAAGCCUCCACCAGGACCUGGUCAACCGCUGUAUCCCAAUCACUUUUGUGGACCUGGGCUGCACCAGGCUCAGCUCAACGGUGGCGGCAACAAUCUUGGCGGCGUCGCUACCACCAACUUUAUGGCGAACGCUGGCAAUGCUCUGCUGAACGACAAGCCCUACAACAACCUGAACAUGCACAACAACGUGGGCGUGAACAAUGCCGGAGUUGGCGGUGUCGGAAUGGGAAUCGCCGGCGGACACAACAAUAACAACAGCAACAACAACGGAAUGCUGAGCAAUGGCAACAACUCGGUGCCGCUGUACCGCCGCCAGGCGCUGGCCGGAAAUGGGAUUGGAGGCGGAGGCGGAAACGGAAACGGGGGCUUCAACAACAUGCACGGACUGGACACGGGAGCCAAUCUGAUCGAGGCACUCUUCCAGGCCAACAACUCGGUGGUGGAUCACUCGGUGAAGUCGUCGGAUCACAUGCACGGCCUGCUGUACAACAACUUUAAUACGCUGAAGGGGGGCGGUCACGACGUGGACCUGUUCCAGGCCAUGGCGCCCAGUAUGCCCCACUCGGAGGCGGCCAAUCAUCACCAGCAGUCCUCCGGCUCGUCGGCAACCACCUAUGCGGCUGUGCUGAGCCAGGGGCCCCAGGCGGUGGUUGGUGGUGGCGGUGGCGUUGGCGGUGGGGCAGGACCAUCGGCGGGACAGGGGCAGGCGCAGGCGGGCGUGGCAGGAGCCGGGGCGGGCGGCAAAGGCUCGCAGGCGGGGGGCGGAAGUGAUCUCCUAGAGAAGGAUCCGUUUGCGGCCAUCCGGGAGUUGGGACAGGCCACGACCGGAUUCUACAACUACUUUCAGUGAGAGGCGGCGACGGCAGCACAUCUCCUGCUGUGGCAUCAAAGGGUCUUAAUCUAAAAAAAAACAAAAACGAAAAACAAAAGAAAAAACAAAACAAAAAAAAAACAGAAAAUUAACAACCAAAAAAAAAAAAUUGCAAAAUUCUUAGCUGAACAAAACAAAAAAAAACGUAAAAAAUGCCCCAGACAAUGGGAAAAAAACGGAAGAGAAAACAAAAAAGAACUGCUUCUUAAUUAUAGUUGCCCCUAUCCUUAUUUUUUUGCUUUCUUUUAAAUUGCAAAUUAUUUAAUUACGGUAGCCUUAAGUUGAAAGUGUGAAUUAUUAUAAUUAAUUAAUAAUAUACAUACAUACCUAUUUAGUUAAUGUUUAGUGGUUACUAAAGCUCGCCCAAAUGCCGCAGCAGGGAUUUGUUGACGUUGACCUUUGGCCAUCCACCAUGUUACCCACUCCCCCCUGCCACGCCUCAAUGCCCAAGGUCGCCGCAGGCGCCUCCAUCGGUUCGCAGCAUCCAACGGGUUGCUCUGAGCAGCCCACAAAAAUAAUAAUAAUAAACGUCUACACAAGAAAACCUUAUCGAUUAGACUCUUGAAGCAAACAAAAAAAAAAUUAAAAAAAAAAAGUUACAAAAAAAAAAACAAACAAACAAAGAUAAAACCACAAAAAAAUGAAAUAAUUAUGUAAUAACUAUAAACUGCAAGAUGCAUAGUUAGCUUUAGAUGUAAGAUUAUUCAAGAGAACAUUUGUAUUGUACAUUUUUUCUAUUUUUAGAGCGUAGCAUAUUUGCUACGUAAUCCUUCUCCGUUCGUUUUCUACCUUUAGUUUAUCAGUUAUAAAUUUCAAUUUUGUACAGAAGUUGACUAUUCAAAAACAAACACAAAAAAAAAAAAACAAAAAAAAAACUAUUAACAAAAAACAUUAAAACUGAAAAUUUGUCACGCACUCAAAUAUAUAAAUUAUUAUCCUUAUUAACUGUAACUUCAGAUUAUAUACCUAUUAUAUAUAUUUAAUGGCUAUAAGGGAUAUGAACAUUUUUGUGUACGAAUUAAACAUACUUACCUACAUACGAACAUAUAUAUAUAUAUAAUACGCAUAUAAAUAUUUAAAUUUGUGCACGAGUUAUUUGUUCCUCUCCCCAUCCGAAAUUGUCGAUGCGUGUGUAAAUUAUAUUACGAUUGUUGAACACCCCAAAUUUGCAGCCAUCGCCCCUGAAUCCCCAACAAAAAAAAAAAAAAAAAAAAACCCACCCACUCAUCGUUUAGUCCGAUCUGACGACUGGUAAAUGUAAAACAUACGAAUGAUAAAUGCAAAUGCAGAAAUAUAAGAAUUUUUCGAUAAGAGUA